UAUCUCUGAGAUUUUUCUUAGAUUUUUAUACGAAGAGAGCUAAUUAGGACUUAUGCUAGGAUUUAUAAAAUCACUGUUCUGAAAUGCUGGAAAACGAGUUUUCUGAGUAAUAUUGAUAUCUAUAAAUACUACCAGUGCGACCCGGCGUGGGCAUCAACAGACAAGCUUUUCGUUCGAGUACGAUACGAGUUCCAAUUCCAAUAUUUUUUUCUACAGUAUGGGAAAGAGAUAUUACUGUAAUUAUUGUGAUAAAAAUAUGGUAGCGACACCUGCCAUAGUAAAAACACAUAACAAAGGUAUCGUGCAUCAGAAACUGGUUCAAGAACAUUAUCAGAAAUUUAAAGACCCGGAAACAAUACUAGCUGAAGAACAGAAGAAGAAACCGUGUCUCCGUUUUGCCCGAGGAGAAUGUCAGUUUGGAGGCAUAUGCAGAUAUUCUCACUAUACGCAAGAGCAGAUCAAUCAAUUAAGAGAAUAUGUGUUAACAAAGAACAGAUCAAAUUUAGACAACCACUCUCCAUCAUUUCAAGAUCUCUACAACAAACUGCUUGACGGAAGGAACGCACCGAAUGUCAAAAAUGAGAACACUGUUUUGUAUGACAGCAAUGGCUUAACCCAUGUUCUACCUUGGACAUAUAAUGAUAGUUUUGAUGCUAUGGAAGGCCUGCCGCCAAGUAUCAAGAAAUUUAAACUGGAGGAUUUUGCCAAUACGAAGAUAACUGAGUGGGGGUAACGAGUUAGAUUAGUACAGUCAUAUUACUUUGUGGGACAGAAGUCAAAACUGACAAGGACUUGGGAGAAAUUUCAGAAUUACCUCCAAUUCCAAUUUCGAACGAAGCUAUAUAUUAUAAUGAUAAAACACCAGAAUUGAAAAUAAUUUACCUCGAUAACCUAACUGAAGACGAUCAAGAUAAUGAUAUUAAUAGCGAGAAUCAUUCGUACCGUAGAAUAUUUCAAGGUGUCAAAAGUCUGUACGAUUUGCGUGAUACCAAAGUAAUGAAAAAAAAUGUUAAACCUUUUAAGAAGAAAGUAUUGAAAUUGUUGGAUUUUCUGAAAACUCGUAUGAUGGCUACUAUUUAUUUUCAAGACCAAAUAAAGGGUUUGUCAGGGAAGAAAGCGCACCCGGAUGAGAUUACGAAAAUGUUUGCUUUGCUUCAGGGGCACGUGCCCGCCUUGUGCGAUUUGAGGGAUAGAAGGAAAAUUAUUAGAGCUCUGAAGUAAUUUUUUUCUUCAUUUUUGUCUUUCUCUCUUCGGGUCUAGAGGAUUGUGAAACUGCGAGAGAAGAAAUAAUUCCAUUAUUUUUCUUACUCCUGGCUUAAGUCCCGGUUACAUCCUCACUUCUCAGCUUGGGGUGUUCCUUAUUGACCAUGAUCCAAGUUUCAGGACCGCUUGGUUUUUUCAUGAAGCAUCUGACCUCCGAAACCUUUGCAGGUAAGCCUAAUCUGUAUUGGAUCCAUGGUUACACAUCCAGUUACCUGAAUGUGCACGUUUCCUCGCUAUGUUUUUCCCCACCGUAACAGCAUCGGUUAGUAUUCAAACGAAUGUACAUAACUUCGGAAAUAGUCAUUGGAACAUGGCCGGGGUGGGAUUUGAACCUGUGCUCUGCGCAUCACGCUUUUUAACCGGGCAUCUUACCGAUUCGACCACCGACUCUCUCCACUUUUAAUCAACAUACCAUUAUUAUGACUGUAACCGCAAAGUCAAGUUUGACGUUAACUAUAACAAAGUUAGAAAAUCUGUGGAAAUUAAUUUUGUGUAUUUUUAGGUGUGCAAAAUUUUUCCGGACCAGUCAAUCUUGCCAGUUUCAAAAUAAUAUACCCAUGAAUACUCUCAUUAUAGACCAUCUUCAAAAAUGGCCGCCAGUGACAGGGUGAUUUGACAUUUGAUUUCAAGCGGACCCAAAUCCGUGAAGGCUGAGGGUGCAACUCAUAAUUGUAUGAAUUAAUUGAUUAAAAGUUUGUUUUAACUA